AUGCCUCUAGCUAAUAUACUUGAAGUUGAAUUGUUUGAUGUUUGGGGGAUUGACUUCAUGGGCCCCUUUCCACCCUCAUAUGGUAAUUUGUAUAUCUUGGUGGCUAUUGAUUAUGUUUCUAAGUGGUUUGAAGCUGCUACCUAUCCCACUAAUGAUUCCAAGGUGGUCAUGAGGUUCUUACACAAGCAUAUUUUCACUAGAUUUGGCACUCCAAGAGCUAUCAUAAGUGAUGAGAUAACCCAUUUUGUGUACAAAGUGUUGGCUAGCUUAUUGGCUAAAUAUGAUGUGAGGCAAAAAGUAGCUACUUCUUACCAUCCUCAAACUAAUGGGCAAGCUAAGUUGUCCAAUAGAGAGAUAAAAUGUGUCCUUGAGAAAGUGGCAAGCUCAACUCAAGAUGGUCGGGCCCAUUCUUGGUGGUUAAGGUGUAUCCUUAUGGAGCGGUGGAAUUGCGUGAAGAAGGCUCUGGAAGGGAAUUCAAGGUUAAUGGCCAAAGGAUCAAGCAUUAUUGGGGAGGUGAGGUUGAGCGAAAUAAGUGCUCAAUCUCUUUGGAGGAUCCUUGAAGAAUAUAUAACAACUUGGGUUGCUGUGGAGCUUGGAGAUUUAAUUGAAAAUGGAAUCAAAAAGGGGUUGCAAAGUUUGGGUGAUGUUGUAGCAAUUUUUGAGGAGAAAUAG